UGGCUAGCCCCCCACUGGCCCCGCCCACGCUACCAGGCGGCUUUGUGUACACAAUUCGGACUCAAUGAAUCUUUUCCUUCUGUUCCAGGGAUGCAGCUCUAAAUUCUCCACAACAUGCCGCCAAAGAAAAAAGGGAAAGCGAACAGCAAAAAGGAAAAGUCCAAAAAAAGUACACCAGAGAAAGAUGAUGGACUUACAGAAAAGUACAAGAGAAGUGUCCUAGAUGUGGCUGUCCUAAAAGAACAUCUUGCACUAAGGACCAAUGUAGCGCGUAAGGCAACUGCAGACAGAGAUGACUUGAAAAAUCAAAUAAGAGAUCUGGAACAAGUGCGUACUCAAGAAAGAUCAGACAUGAAGGACAUCACUGCAGUUCUCAAUCGUCAAUAUAAAUCCAUGGAAACUGACCUGCAGACUAAAGUAAACAGGCUUGAGGAGCGUGUGGACUUACUUCAGACAGAGCUGGCCAAGUGUCAGGUUGAAUUAAAGUCAGAGAGAGAAGAACGGGAGAAGAGCGAAGCAGAGAAAGAUGCCAUCAUUUCUGACCUCCAAUAUAAACUGGACAGCAUGGAGAGCGAGUGUGAGAAGAUCCUGCACGGCUGUCUGGACAGUUUGCUUUCCCAGCUCGCUGAGACCCGGUUGCAUUGGGAGGAGCAGAGUACAGUCAUUCAUCAGGAGGUCAAAGAUACGCUUAUUGACUUCGGGAUAAAUCCACUUCUCAUAUGAACAAUUCAGUUCCCCUGUUGAAAGACUAGCAUUUUAGCAUGGGUUGGGAACCAGUAAAAUCAGGCUGGUGCUGGCUAUACCACAAUCAUAUACAAUCAUAAACUAGCACUCUUUAUUAGCCAGAUUAAUAAGGACCAAUAGAGCAGAUGUGAACAUUUACAUCUGUUUCCUAUAAAAAGAAAAACUUCUUUACGUUAAAAUAAGAAGGA